AUGGAGAGGUUUGUUAUUCAAAACCAAACUCUGCAGGUUUCAUUUGUUGUUCUGUUUCUCUUCAUUUCCAACUGUUUUGUUUUAUGUCGAAACGACGACGUUAAUGAAGACUCCAGGUCCGAGCAAGAACGGGUGAGUAUCCGGGUCGGGUUGGUUUUGAAUUUGGGUUCCGUGGAGGGGAAGAUAGUGAGAAGCUCUGUUUCCUUGGCACUUUCUGAUUUCUACGCCAUUAACAGUCAUUACAAAACAAGAGUCUCUCUUUCAGUCAGAAACUCCAACGGAGAGCCUAUCCUUGCUCUAUCGUCUGCUGUUGAUCUGCUGCAAACUGUAGGAGUGGAGGCAAUUUUUGGCGGGAACUCGUUGCUUGAGACGAAGCUUUUGGCGGAGCUUGGGGAGAAAGCUAGGGUUCCUGUGAUAUCACUUAAUUCUCCCACAUCACUCUCCCUGAAAAAAUACAGUUAUUUGAUCCAAGCGACACAUGAUUCUUCCUCCGAGGCGAAGGGCAUUACAGCUUUUCUCCAUGAGUUUGAUUGGAACAGUGUUGCUCUUGUUUAUGAGGAUGAUGAUGACUGGAGAGAGAGUAUGCAAGUCCUGGUAGACCAUUUCCAUGAGAACGGGGUUCUUGUACGGUUCAAGGUUGGUUUUACAGUCUCUUCAAGCGAGGAGUUGAUGAUGGAUCAACUAGGGAAGCUGAAGGGAUUGGAGACAAGUGUUUUUGUGGUGCACAUGUCUGAGCUUGUUGCAACUCGUCUCUUCCCAUGUGCUGUGAAGUUAGGGAUGAUGAGUGAAGGUUUUGCUUGGAUCCUCACUGCCAAAAGCAUGAACACUUUCAAUCAUGACGUUGACGAUUUUGCUAAAGAGUCAAUGGAAGGUGUGGUUGGCUUCAGGUCUUACAUUCCAAAGUCAAAAGAGCUUCAAAAGUUCACUUCAAGAUGGAGAAAAUCACUAAGCAAUGAGGACGAUGUUGUGUCUGAGAUAACUCAGUUAAGCAUCUCCGGCGUAUGGGCUCAUGAUGUAGCUUGGGCACUGGCGAGAGCAGCGGAAGUGACAACGAUGCCAAAUGUAACAUCAACUCUCCUUAAGGCCAUCACAGAGUGUAGGUUCAAGGGUUUGAGCGGUAACUUCCAAAUCAAGGAUAAUAAUUACUUGUCAGACAAGUUUGAGAUUGUGAACUUGAUAGGAUCAGGUGAGAGAAGGGUUGGAUUUUGGAACUCUAAUGGUACUUUCAGCAGUACAAGACAUUCAUCUUCUUCUACUCAUAACAAGCUGGAGACCAUAUUCUGGCCCGGGGGAACGACUCAAAGUCCGAAAGGGCACAAAGUAGGAGAAACCAAAAGAAGAACUCUGAGGGUUUUGGUUACAUCUAGUAACAGAUUCCCAAAACUGGUGAACGUGACAAAUGAUCCAAAAACAAAAGAAAUAAUUGCCGAUGGGUUUUGCUUAGAAGUCUUCAAGGCUGCCAUUAGCCCUUUCAACUUUGAUUUAGAGUUCAUACGUUGGACCGGUGGUAGUAACUACAACAAUCUUGCAUAUGUGCUUAGUAGCCAGAAAGACAAAUAUGAUGCGGCUGUUGGAGAUAUCACAAUCACUUCUAAUAGAUCUAAUUAUGUUGAUUUUACUAUACCAUUCACAGAAAUGGGUCUAGGAAUGGUGGCACCAAAGCAAACUGGUAUGUGGGUGUUCUUUCAACCUCUAACCCUAGACCUUUGGGUGACAAGUGCAGCUUUCUUUGUCUUGACGGGCACUAUAGUUUGGUUGAUAGAAAGACCUGAGAACACUGAGUUCCAGGGAUCUUGGUCACAACAGAUUGGAGUUAUGCUUUGGUUUGGCUUCUCUACCCUUGUUUAUGCUCACAGGGAGAAGCUAAAACACAACUUAUCAAGAUUUGUAGUUACAGUUUGGGUGUUUGCAGUUCUCAUAUUGACUACGAGUUAUACUGCAACAUUGACAUCAAUGAUGACGGUGCAACAAAUAAGAUAUAACUCCAACAAAGACUUUGUGGGUCACCUUUCAGGCUCACUCAUUGCAAAUGCGACCCUCAAAAGUCCUGAAAUCAAAGCAAUGAAUACCAAAGGUCUCAAUACCUCUGCAGAUUAUGCUAAAGCCUUGUUGAACAACACUGUCGCGUUCAUUAUCGAUGAGCUGCCAUACCUCAGUGUCCUCCUUGGAGAGAACCCUGGACGUUUUCUAAUGGUGAAGCCACAAGUUACCACCAAUGGUUUCGGAUUUAUGUUUCAAAAGGGUGACGAGUUGGUGCAUAAGGUGUCCAAAGAAAUCUCAGAGCUAAGGACAAAAGGGAUGCUAAACGAGAUGGCGAGAAGAUGGUUUGAAAAUCGUUUUCCAUAUACAAUAGAUGAUCUAUCAGACCCUAUAGACCUUUACAGAUUUCGCGGUUUGUUUAUGAUCACUGGAGGGUCUUCAGCUUUUGCACUUGCUGUAGUUAUCAUCAUCUGGCUCCGGGAAAGAUGGGAAGAUCUUAUGAGUUUCAUCAACAUAUUUAUCUCGAGACGACUUGUACAUCUCAGGAUCCUCUUGGCAAGACCUAUCCAUCCCAACCCCCUCUAUGACAUCAUUGGCGAGAAUGCGGUGCAAAUGGCUCAACGUAACAUGAUAAUAGGAGCUGAUUGAAACAUGGCAAAGGGUUCAUUACCAUUUGUAUAUAGCAUCUCUAAUACAAGUGAAGUGGAUGGUCCUGUGUCUCUUGUGUGUUGUUGUGGCCCCAAUUCUUU